CAGCGCCGGGAGGAGCGGUGGAGGCGGAGGGAGUAACCGGCGGUGGGCACAGGCGUAUGUGGCGGCGGUGAAGAUUCAGUCUGCUUUCCGUGGUUACCUGAUGGGAAGCAUGAUUAUGUCUGGUACACUACUUUGGUCUCUCUGUCCUUGUUUCAUCUUCAAGCAACUUGAUUUCAAACAUAUGAUGGACCAUUGUCCUCUUUCCAAGUCUCUCUCUUUUGCGUGUGGUUUGGCGAGGAGGGCGUUAAGAGCGUUGAAGGCGUUGGUGAAGCUUCAAGCGUUAGUGAGGGGGCACAUAGUGAGAAAGCAAACGGCCGAUAUGCUGCGACGGAUGCAGACGCUGGUUCGGCUUCAGGCCCGAGCUCGAGCUUCACGUGCCUCUCACGUGUCCGACUCAUUCCCCUCUUCCUCCUCUCCUCGUUCCCUCCACACACGCUGCGUCUCCAACUCCGAGCUCCGCGAGAUCAUCGCCAUGGACCACCGUUCCCAAGUCGGUUCGAGCCGGUUAGACCACUGGUCCGAAGAAACUCUAUGGACGACCAACAAAAACAACAGCAGCACUAGCAUCCUGCAUAUGCCACGGUACAACGAGGAUGAGGAAGGGGACGACAAGAUUCUCGAGGUCGAUACUUGGAAGCCACACUUAGCCUCGAGACCGUUCCGUUCAGACAGCAGCCACCACAACAACAACGAAUCCCCGAGGAAGAGACAGCCUCCGGUGGUUGCAAGAAGCGCAGAGAACAGCCCUCAAGUCGGUUCCUCCAGACCAGGAAGCAGCAGCGGUUCACGGAGGAGAACCCCUUUCACGCCAACUAGAACCGAGUACUCGUGGGGAUGCUACGGGGGGAACUACUACACGGGUUAUUACCCGAACUACAUGGCGAAUACCGAGUCAUACAGGGCGAAAGUCCGAUCUCAGAGCGCGCCAAGGCAACGGCUAGAGUUUGCGGACAGCAACAAGAGGUCUGUGCAGGGACAUUACUACUAUUACGCGGCCGCUGAAGGAUCGUUUGACCAGCGGUCUGAUGUCGGGAGCUCCGGACAAGGAGGAGGAUUGUCUGAACGGUUGAAUCGAAACACGAGCGGGAGAUCAAAGAUGACGAUGCAUUCUUCGCUUCUGAUUUAGAAUUUGUUCAGUUUCUUGUGUGUUUCUUUCUGUGGGCAUAUGAUUGUUUGUUCCAAGGAGAAGAAGUCAGUGAGUGAAUGUGUAAUUAAGUCGAUCCUCUCUCUCUCUCUUUUUUUUUUGUGGUAAUUUUCUGUGACCUCAAUAGGUUUCAAUUAAUGGUCGGUAAAAACACCAAAAAGUAACAAGCUAAGUUUCGUCUUUGAAAACA